AUGUGUUUUUUGGAAUACUUUGAAGCACUUAUCGGAUGUGCUCUAAUUCAUCCGGGAAGUAAAUAUUAUCAUUCAUCCAUAAAACCUCCACAAACAGCAACAUCGGAGCGAAGUCUUGAAUCACAACCAUCGUUCGUUACUCCCACUCCACAUGAAAUAAAUGAAAGUCGACUAUCAUCUGAAUAUCCAGCACGAGAAACAAGCGAACAAGAAAUAGUCGCUGCCGAUGAGGAGAAACAUUCAUCAAGAGUAAAAUCAUUUUCUGAAAAUGCUAAAGAUCAAGAUGGUGAUAGAUCAGAUGAACAAUGGUCGUUAAAAAUUGACGAUUUUUUUAAUGGUGUAUUUAUACCGGCUUCCAGUACUUUAUUAGACAUUCAAGAAGAAGUCCGAUAUGAUCAGGAGAAAACAUGGCAAGGACCACUGAUUGACAAUAUUGAUCGUUCUACGAUUUUAACAUAA